UGGUAACUCUGUCUGUCAGCUGCCCCUCGAUGGCCACAGGAGGUCGUUUUAAUUCCACCUUCAGUAAUAAUUACCCACGUUGCAUAGAAACGCCGGCUCGCGAGACACGGCGGCAGUGCUGUUUAGCCGCCUGCCUUGUUAGUGUUGCCGCAUUUUGUUAUUUUAUUGCGAUUUUAAAAUUGCGAAUCAGCGUGAAGAGGAUAAAGGCGGGAGUUGGAUUUGUUGUUUUGCUAUAUUGCAGAACCGGACAGCCGAAGCUUUGUAUAAACGAAUCAGGCGGCACUGACAAGAAGGACUGGCGAUCCCUUCGUCCCCACUGCAUUAGACUCCGAGCCGGGGGGAGCUCAGGAUGGAGAGAGCGACGGGAAGGAGCAGACUUCUCAUCUCGUGCCCCAGCUCCCGGCUUGGCAAGAUCGUGACUGUGCAAGAUGAUCCGCUGGGCGGCGAGAGCGCUGACGCGUGGGCCAACCUCCUGGGCCCCGGGCGUCACGCCGCCUGCAAGCACUCCCCACAGCUGAUCGCCGCUCUGAGCCGGGUCCUGGCGGGGAAGCCGCCCACGGCCAUCCUGCAGGCCCAGCCGCCGGUCCGCGGGAGAGAAAACUCGUCCCGGAGGCCUCGCGACGCAGUCACCGCCAAAUCCAAGCAGCCCCACUUGGGCCACGGUGAGCAGAUCAGCGGCUGGUGCGACAAAGUCGAUCUCGGUGCCCUCUCCAUGCAGACGGGCCCUGAGCAGGCAUUAGAAGCCGUUCCCAGCGGCGCUGAAGAUGGGCGGCGAGAGUGGGAAUCGGAGCCGGUGGCCUGGGAUGGGCCCGUCAUUUACCUCCCGUCCACCGCCCCGCAGCAACACCGCAAUCUCGGUGCCACCGACACGUGUCAGCCUGGGGACGGGGACACGGACGGGCGGGACGAGGGAGGGCAACGGGAUGAGCAGUGGGACGCGUCGGAGGAGGAGGAGCAGCAGCAGCAGGAGGGAGAGUGGAAGGAGGUUGUGGAGCUUCUUCGGGAGCCAAAUUCUGGCCCCAUUUCGGUUACCGGUUCGCGCGAGCACGCGCGGAAGAGACUCGCUGGCCACAGUGGCGGACACGGCGCGGCACAGGCAAGCCGAGAGCACAGCGGAGACAGAAACCUGCUGCGCUGGCUCUGA